GAAAGCAAAAGGCCGUUUCCUUUUUAAAUGGUGCUGUCGGCGGUGUGCAGGGCGGGGUUUAGACGCUGUGUGCAGAUGCCAAACUGUGACUUGCUUUGACGAGGGGCUGCCAUAAGCCGGAAUAUCAGGGCAAAGACGGGGAGGGGGAAUCGUGACGCGAGGAGUCUGCAGCAGAAAGGGAAGGGAGAGACAGACACACACAUACACACAGGGAAAGAGAGAGAGAGCGCAGGGCUGCCGGGUUUUUUUUCUUCUCUCGUUCCCAUCACUCUCUCUCUCUCUGUAGCUGAACUGCCAGUAUCUCCCACAGCUACUGGGACAUCUCCAGCCGUUCAACCCCACUCGGAAUCGAUCUCGCCAUCGGAAGGGAUUUAACGGAGGGAAUCGGAUUUGACUUGUGUAUCUGUGCAUGUGUGCGUGUGAGAGUGAAGGUCUGUCCGGGACAAGUCCUGCAAGGUUGUCAGGGGUGAUUUGGCUUCUCUGUGGCUGGAGCAGAUACAAAAGCAUCAUGUGGCGCCUGUGGGUUACGCUAAUAGCAUCCAACAAGUGACAGUCAGGAUCGAUCUGCAUAUUCCUGUCCGCAGAGAGGAAUACCGGUGCAGUUUUUGCCCUGUGGAUGGUGGUUUUCUGUUGAACGACUCAGAGGAGUUUACAUCUUUGACUAUCUAGACAAACUGUUGGUCAGAUUUGUUUGUGCACACACACACACACACACACACACACACACAAGUGAAAGCUUCGCUGUGCAUUUUUCUCAUUGUCCGCUGCCUGUGCCUUUGGGAUGUGGACAAUCUUCUAAAACUGGGGAUCUGCCAGUAUUCGAGGGAUUGCUUUGAUCUAACUCAGCUGAUGACCUCUCAGACUUUGACCAGUGUGGAUUUAAACUACAUCUUGCUGUGAGCGGGGAAUUGUUUCUUUCUUAAAGAAAGAACCAUAAAUCAGAAACGAAAGCAGAAAUUGCUGGAAAAAGCUCAACAGGUCUGGCAACAUCUGUGGAGAGAAAUCAGAGUUAACAGGGGUGGAGUAAUCUAUUUUGUUUAGUCUGUUUGCUUUAUCCCUCCCCUGGCUGUGUGUGUGCAUUUAUAUCUGUGCUUCUGUUAACACAAUGUUAACCAUGGAUUCUUUCUGCUUGGUGCUGCUCCUGGGCCCCUUGGCUGGGAUCUGCCUGGGGCUGGAGUUCACAGGGAGCCCCGGUUUGUGGAGUCGCUUCUCGCGUUGGGAGGCUGGCAGUCGAAGUGACCUGAGUUUCCAGUUUAAGACCAAUCUGCCCGAAGCGCUUCUGCUGUACCUGGACGACGGCGGCUUCUGCGACUUCCUGCAACUGGCCAUCGCCGGCGGCCGGGUCCAGCUCAAGUACAGCAUCGAUUGCUACGAAGCCUCGGUGGAGAUGGACAGGAGGGUGGAUGAUGGCAAGUGGCACUUUCUGAUGGUCAGCCGCAACUUCCUCAGGACCGUGCUGGUCCUGGACGGGGACACACGGUCAGCCGAGGUCAAGCCCCAGCGGCAGUACAUGAAGGUGGCCAGCGACCUAUUCGUGGGUGGGGUCCCCCAGGACAUUCGAGAGACCACCUUGACUUCCGUCCUGGUGCAACGGGCACCCCCCUUCAAAGGAUUUAUCGAAGACUUGAAGUAUGGAGACUCUGCGCCAGUGCUGCUUGGGAGUCACUUAGUGAGACUGGACAAGGAAGGUAUUUGCACUGAGAAUCCUUGUGAAAACGGUGGAGUGUGCUCGUGGAUAGAAGGGGAGAUUACCUGUGACUGUACUAACACGAGCUAUAUGGGGCGGUACUGCACUGAAGAAGUCAACCGUGUGCCAGGUUUCUCGCAUCUGACGAUGGGCGAGCAAGGUAGAAGUAAAGCCAGGGAAGACAACUCUGCAACAUUCCGAGGAUCUGAGUACUUCUGUUACGACCUAUCCCAGAACCCUAUCCAGAGCAGCAGCGAUGAGAUCACUUUGUCCUUCAAGACCUGGCAGCGGAACGGACUGAUCCUGCACACAGGGAAGUCAGCUGACUAUGUAAACCUAGCACUGAAAGAUGGAGCAGUUUCACUAGUCAUUAACCUGGGAUCUGGCGCUUUUGAGGCGUUGGUUGAACCAGUAAAUGGGAAGUUCAAUGACAACGCCUGGCAUGAUGUCAAAGUGACACGCAAUCUGCGACAGCACUCAGGCAUUGGACACGCUAUGGUCACCAUUUCGGUGGAUGGCAUCCUCACUACCACAGGUUACACCCAAGAAGACUACACCAUGUUGGGAUCUGACGACUUUUUCUACGUCGGCGGAAGUCCGAGUACAGCAGAUCUGCCCGGAUCACCUGUCAGCAAUAACUUCAUGGGAUGCCUCAGAGAGGUUGUUUAUAAAAACAAUGACAUCAGGCUGGAGCUCUCACGCCUGGCGAGGAUCAAGGAUCCCAAGAUGAAGAUCCAUGGCGACGUUGUCUUCACAUGCGAGAACGUCGCCACCCUUGACCCCAUCUCGUUCGAGACACCGGAGGCAUACAUCAGCUUGCCAAAGUGGAACACCAAGAAGAUGGGCUCGAUUUCCUUUGAUUUCCGCACCUCGGAGCCCAGCGGCCUCAUUCUGUUCACUCACGGAAAGCCACAGGAGAGGAAAGACCUGAGGAGCCUGAAGAAAACCAAAGUGGACUUCUUCGCCGUUGAGCUCUUGGAUGGAAACCUGUUCUUGCUCCUGGAUAUGGGCUCCGGUGCGAUCAAAAUCAAAUCCACAACCAGGAAGGUGAACGACGGGGAAUGGUAUCACGUGGAUAUACAACGGGAUGGUAGAUCAGGCACGAUAUCUGUGAAUAGUCGACGUACCCCAUUCACAGCAAGUGGAGACAGUGAGAUUCUUGACCUGGAGGGGGACAUGUACCUUGGAGGCCUACCAGACAACAGAAUGGGGUCCAUCUUGCCCACAGAGCUGUGGACAGCCAUGCUCAACUAUGGCUAUGUUGGCUGCAUCAGGGACUUGUUCAUUGAUGGGAGGAGCAAAGAUAUCCGGCAGUUGGCUGAGGAACAGAACGCGGCUGGGGUCAAGCCAUCUUGCUUACGCCUGAGCACGAAGCAAUGUGACAGCAACCCUUGCAAGAACAAUGCAGUGUGCAGGGAAGGCUGGAACCGGUUCAUCUGUGAUUGCACAGGCAUGGGCUACUGGGGGAGAACAUGUGAAAGAGAGGCAUCCAUCCUGAGCUACGAUGGCAGCAUGUACCUGAAGAUAGUCAUGCCCUGGGUAAUGCACACGGAAGCUGAAGAUGUCUCUCUCCGAUUCAUGUCCCAGCGAGCUUACGGCUUGCUCGUGGCUACGACCUCGAGGGACUCAGCAGAUACACUGCGCUUGGAACUGGACGGAGGCCGUGUAAAGCUGACAGUCAACUUAGACUGUAUCAGGAUUAACUGUAACUCCAACUGGCGUGAGCAUUCAGGCAAAGGACCAGAGACCAUUUACGCUGGACAAAAGCUCAAUGACAAUGACUGGCACACCGUCCGAGUGAUCCGCCGAGGUAAAAACCUGAAGCUGAUGGUCGAUGAAGUCACCGCGGAAGGUCAAAUGCUUGGUGACCACACACGACUGGAAUUUCACAACAUCGAGACCGGGAUCAUGACGGAACGACGCUUCAUCUCCAUUGCUCCCUCCAGCUUCAUUGGGCACCUGCAGAGCUUGAUGUUUAAUGGAAUGAUGUACAUCGAUCUGUGCAAAAAUGGGGACAUUGAAUACUGUGAAAUAAACGCAAGGUUCGGCAUGAGAUCCAUUAUUGCAGAUCCCGUCACUUUCAAAACGAAGAACAGCUAUUUGACCUUGGCCACUCUGCAGGCGUACACAUCCAUGCAUCUCUUCUUCCAGUUCAAGACCACAUCUCCUGAUGGAUUCAUUCUCUUCAACAGUGGAGAUGGCAAUGACUUUAUCGCUGUGGAAUUAGUUAAAGGGUACAUCCACUAUGUGUUUGACCUGGGAAAUGGGCCAAAUGUUAUCAAAGGGAACUCUGAAAAGUCCCUGAGCGACAAUCAGUGGCACAAUGUGGUAAUUACUCGGGACAACAGCAACACACACACGCUCAAGGUGGAUGCUCGAUCUGUGACUCAGAUCAUCAAUGGUGCCAAAAACCUGGACCUGAAAGGUGUCCUAUACAUUGCUGGGCUGGCCCAAGGCAUGUACAGCAAUCUGCCGAAACUUGUCGCCUCCAGAGAUGGGUUUCAGGGUUGCUUGGCAUCUGUCGACCUCAAUGGAAGGCUGCCAGAUCUGAUUCACGAUGCGUUACAUCGGAGUGGGCAAAUAGAUCGUGGAUGUGAAGGUCCCAGCACAACCUGCCAAGAAGACUCAUGCAUGAACUAUGGGAUCUGCAUCCAACAGUGGGAGGGGUACACAUGUGACUGCUCCAUGACUUCAUACAGUGGCAGUCAGUGCAAUGACCCUGGUACUACAUACAUAUUUGGCCGAGGAGGCGGGGUCAUUACCUACACAUGGCCGGCCAACGACAGACCCAGCACAAGGACCGACCGCCUAGCUGUUGGAUUCAGCACAUCAGUGAAAGAUGCAAUCCUGGUGCGAGUGGAUAGCGCUCCUGGUCUGGGAGACUUCCUUCAGCUUCACAUAGAACAAGGCAAGAUCAGCGUUGUUUUCAACGUUGGUACAGAUGACAUUGUCAUCAAGGAGUCCAGCAACGUGGUGAAUGAUGGGAAUUACCACUUGGUACGUUUUACCAGGAAUGGGGGCAAUGCGACCCUGCAGGUGGAUAACUGGGCCGUGAAUGAAUUCUACCCGACAGGAAACAUUGAUAAUGAACGCCUGGCGAUUGCUAAAACGAAAAUCCCCAAAAAAUUCAGAGGAAUAGUAUUUGAUGAGUGGCUACAAGAGAAAGGCCGCAUGCUGACAAUCUUCAAUACGCAGGCUAUGAUUACAAUUGGGGGGAAGAAUAGGAGUCGUCCAUUCCAGGGACAAAUGUCUGGCCUUUACUACAAUGGCUUAAAGGUCCUUAACAUGGCAGCAGAGAGCCAUCCCAAUGUCAAGGUCAACGGAACCGUGAGGCUGGUGGGAGAGGUGGCCCCGGUGAUUGUCAACCAGCCAAUGGCGACCACAUUACCGGCUGAGAUGUCCACCACCAUCAUGGCGACAACCACAACAAUGGCGACUACCACAGCCAGGAAGGUCCGAGGAACAAUGAAGGUCAACCCGGUCACCGAUGACCUUAUUGUCUCCUCAGCUGAGUGUGCAAGUGACGAUGAGGACCUCGAUGAGUGCGAGCCCAGCUCAGGUGGGUUAGGAGGUGAAUUAGUUUUCCCUGUAGUGACAGAAGAGGCCUUAGCAAUCCCUCCUCUCGCCACUCGUGCACCCUUCAUCUCCCUCCUCCCUACCUUCCGUCCCCUUCUCACCAUUAUUGAGAACACCAAAGAUUCCCUGUCCAUGAUCCCUGAGGUGGGGUUACCUUGCCUGUCGGAGCAGGACCACGGUGAUUGUGAUGCUGGCUUGGUGAUAUCUGGUUAUGGCUCAGGGGAGGCACUUGACUCUAAUCUACCCCCUACUGAUGAUGAAGAUUUUCACACCACCUUGUCCUUGGUAACAGAUAAGACCUUGUCCACAUCGGCCUUUGAAGGUGGCUACAAAGCGCACGCACCCAAGUGGGAGUACAAGGACUUUAGACCUAGCAAAGCGUCUGAAUCCGGUAGGACUGCUACCACGGCCUCUCCCCCUGAGCUGCUCAGUUCCGCAGUCUCCGCGCCACCCGGAAAGUUGCCCAAAGUGCCCGCGGGCAAGUUGAACACGCGUGAGCAGAAGCCCUACCCCGGCUUGGUGUUGGUUCCCCUGCCCACCGCGUACGAGGUAGACAGUACAAAGCUGAAGAGUCCCCUAGUCACCUCACCCAUGUUCCGUAAUGUACCCACAGCCAACCCCACGGAGCCGGGAGUGCGCCGGGGCCCUGGGGCCUCAGAGGUGGUGCGGGAAUCCAGCAGCACGACCGGGAUGGUGGUGGGGAUUGUGGCGGCAGCAGCUCUCUGCAUCCUGAUCCUCCUCUAUGCCAUGUACAAGUACCGCAACAGAGAUGAAGGCUCCUACCGGGUGGACGAGACUCGCAAUUAUAUCAGCAACUCCGCACAGACCAACGGCUCUGUUGUCAAGGAGAAACAGCAGAGCGCUAAAGGCAGCAGUAAGAAGCACAAAAACAAGGAUAAAGAGUAUUAUGUGUAGAGCGGACAAAAGAAAACAAACUAACAAAAGAGGGGAAGGAGAAUUGAACAACAAUAUGACACAAAAAAGGAGACACAAUCAAAAAUAUAUAUUAUACAGAAAUAUAUAUAUAUAUAUGUGAAUUCUGACAGUGCAAAUCUGCCACUCAACUUAGAUUUUAAACACACAAUAAAUGAAAAGAUAAACUCUUUUGGGGAAAUGAAAGUACAAACUCCAAAUACAACUUGGAUAUGCACUGUGUCAAACAAAAAGACAAUGAACUUGCAGAGUGAUGCUGUACCUGCUUUAAGACAAUAAACACACACAGACACACACAUGCACACACACGGAGCUGUCACAGAGAGCAGAGUGUUGUAUUCUGGUGAAUGAACCUCCAGCUAGAGAAUACAUCCACGGCCUCCUCGGUUUUUAAUCCUGGAUGCGACUGUUAAGACUUUGUGACAUUUCACAUUUUCUCGAGAUUCUUCUUUUGAUCUGGUUGUAAAAGCUGUGUACUGAAUUUUGUCUUUUUAUUUUGAAAAAAAAACACCUUUUCUUGCUCUUUGCCGUGUGGAGCAUGUAAUUGCGACCUAUGUGUAGAUAGUGACCAGCUAAUUAUGUGGACCUUGGGAGAGAUGGAGUUAUGUGUGGGUUUGGGGGGGUGGAGGUGGAGGUUGGGAAAGAGGGGAGAUGUGGGGAUUGUUGGCUGUGUGUAUGUGUGUGUGUGUGCGCGUGUGUGCGUGUAUGUCUACGGUCAGAUUCUGUCUCCCCCCCCAAGCCUCCCCCACCAGCCCCACUCCCUCUAUUGCCUCCUCCUCCUCUUGGAAAACGGGACUUUUGGCCGUUCAACUUUGUAUCGUUUCUACAUCUCAAAUUGUGGUGUCCUCCUUAUGAUUUGCUGUCCGCAAUAAAAGUUGUACUUAGGUAUAUGAACAUUGAACAAACAAGAGACAGAUGAAGAACAGAGACAAAAGCGGGAGACAUACACAGAUCAAACAGGUCUGUGCCAAUCUUCAACUGAGGUGACCACCUUGCUGUUUAAGAGCUGUUAAUUGUACAACAUAUUACUCUUAGACUGUGCUAGUUAGAAAACAGCUAAUUAAAAACCAUAGCUGUGGUUCUGAGUUUCAGUAAAUGACUGUGGUGCAUGCACAUUCAAAAGAAAAAAUAAAAUUAACCACAUCAUAUACAAUAUGGUGUUCAGUUUUGAUGAGAAAGAAGUAUGUUCGCUGGCCAAACGUAACAUGAUGAGUUUUAAUUUUAUUGAUUUAGUUUGGUUAAUGUGUGCUUUAUCUGUCUGUCUGUCUCUCUCUCUCUCUCCUUCUCUCUGUCAUCACUUUUACUGGAUUUCAAGGGGAAAUGCUGUUUAAGGUCACUCAAGCAUUCAUCCUAAUUAUAUAUAAAUAUAUAUUUAAAAAAAUACAAACCUGAAAGGUAUGCAUUUUCAAAUCAUUCAAAUCAUCACAACUGUGUCAAGGAAUAAAAACACAAUUUGUUUACAUAAUUUUAUUACAUUAUUAUAUAGCUGUGUACUUUGUAGUUAGAACUGUUGUACAUACAUUUUCAGUUUAAACUUUUUGGGUAUUUGUAUAGCUCCAAACUUUUGCAAAGUUUUUUUUUGCAAUAACUUUCCCGUGGAGACCUGAGGGUGAAUGUGGUUUAGAUGAGAACCCUGGUGCAAAGGUGUAAUGUUUUUUUUUUAUUUUGUAAAGAAGCUGACACAAUUGUUAUCAUCUAGGUAUAGAAUUUCUGCUCUGUCUCCCUCUCUGUCUCUCUCCCCGCCCCCUCCCCACCUUCGCUAGUAUUUCUAAGUCGCAUGAAUAUUUUCUCUUUAGAAACAGUGGUCAUCAUUAAAUACAUGGUUAGCAUUCUCGAUCCACCUGGGGUUUCUUUUGCUAUACAUUGUUUGUCGAGUGCGACUCUACUUUCACACAAAGUGCGGGUGAGUUCUGUAGGGUAUCCAAGCACUUGUUGGUCAACUUAAUAAAUAUAUAAAAGAAACACAAAAAUAUUUAUACCUCAAUGUCUAUUGUUAACGAUUGUGCUGUGGAUUUGCUUCUUGGUAUUUACUUCACUCUUUUUUACCGUGAAAACCUGGACUUGGAAAAUCUGUAUGUGGGCUUUAUAUCAUAUUUUAUAUUAUUUUUGUUCCACAUCAAUGUGAAAAUUUUGAUUGGGUUUUUUGAGUUAAUGUGAUGUUUCUUCAUACAUCUCUCAUCUUCUUUGCUUUUGUUGUAUUUCUGUUAUAUAAACAAUAUGCUUAGCAAUAAAAUGUUCUUCUCAAAGCUGAUGAAUGUUGAUCUACCUUUUCCUCUGGAGUCAGAAGCUGUUUUUCAACAUUCAGAACCUCUUCUGGCAAAACAUUACCAAUCAAACGUUCUUUAUUCCCUUCCUCCCCUAUAAUCAUUGGCGAUCUCUACAGUGGCAACACAAGCUGAGCAUCAUUGGGCACUUAGCUACAAAAUCAUAGGCA